AUGCACCAGUUGUCCAAUCUGAGUAAUUCAGAAGCAGCCACCCUCACCGAAAAAUCAGAUGUUUAUUCAUUUGGGGUAGUUAUAAUAGAAAUCAUCUCUGAUAGGCCUGCUUUAAGCUAUGGUCUUCCAACAGAGAAAAUUAGUUUAGCAUCACGGGCAUUGGAUUCUGAACUAAAUGGUGAGUUACAUGAGAUGAUAGACCCAAAUCCAGUUGGCAAAGUGAGAGUUUCUUCUCUUAAAAAGGUGUGGGAAGUGCUAAAAGGUGCCUAG